AUGGACCUCCACGCGCCACCCCUGGUCGUGCACGGCUACGAGCCGCACGCACCCCUGCUGGAGGUCGAGGGUCUGGACGCGCACAGUCCCCAGCAGAAGGUGCUGAUCCACGCGCCGCCGCUGCAGACCCAGGAGAUGAUGGGCGACCACCGCACUGGAGAUGAGCAGUACCACGCCCACAGCAGCAACCAGAGCAGCGAUGUCGCUCGAAAGCGCCAGACUCCCACCUCCUUUUCGAAGUUGGUCGAAAGCGCCGAAACUCACACCUCCUUUUCGAAGUCGCUCGAAAGCGCCAAGACUCACACCUCCUUUUCGAAGUUGGUCGGAAGCGCCGAAACUCACACCUCCUUUUCGAAGUCGCUCGAAAGCGCCAAGACUCACACCUCCUUUUCGAAGUUGGUCGGAAGCGCCGAAACUCACACCUCCUUUUCGAAGUCGCUCGAAAGCGCCAAGACUCACACCUCCUUUUCGAAGUUGGUCGGAAGCGCCGAAACUCACACCUCCUUUUCGAAGUCGCUCGAAAGCGCCAAGACUCACGCCUCCGCUCACACCUCCUUUUCGAAGUCGCUCGAAAGCGCCAAGACUCACACCUCCUUUUCGAAGUUGGUCGGAAGCGCCGAAACUCACACCUCCUUUUCGAAGUCGCUCGAAAGCGCCAAGACUCACACCUCCUUUUCGAAGUUGGUCGGAAGCGCCGAAACUCACACCUCCUUUUCGAAGUCGCUCGAAAGCGCCAAGACUCACACCUCCUUUUCGAAGUUGGUCGGAAGCGCCGAAACUCACACCUCCUUUUCGAAGUCGCUCGAAAGCGCCAAGACUCACACCUCCUUUUCGAAGUUGGUCGGAAGCGCCGAAACUCACACCUCCUUUUCGAAGUCGCUCGAAAGCGCCAAGACUCACACCUCCUUUUCGAAGUUGGUCGGAAGCGCCGAAACUCACACCUCCUUUUCGAAGUCGCUCGAAAGCGCCGAGACUCACACCUCCUUUUCGAAGUUGGUCGGAAGCGCCGAAACUCACACCUCCUUUUCGAAGUCGCUCGAAAGCGCCAAGACUCACACCUCCUUUUCGAAGUUGGUCGGAAGCGCCGAAACUCACACCUCCUUUUCGAAGUCGCUCGAAAGCGCCAAGACUCACACCUCCUUUUCGAAGUUGGUCGGAAGCGCCGAAACUCACACCUCCUUUUCGAAGUCGCUCGAAAGCGCCAAGACUCACACCUCCUUUUCGAAGUUGGUCGGAAGCGCCGAAACUCACACCUCCUUUUCGAAGUCGCUCGAAAGCGCCAAGACUCACACCUCCUUUUCGAAGUUGGUCGGAAGCGCCGCGACUCACACCUCCUUUUCGAAGUCGGUCAAAAGCGCCGAGACUCACACCACCUUUUCGAAGUUGGUCGGAAGCGCGGAGAGCGCCGCCUCACCCUGCCCGACCCGCGACGCUCGUCCG